AUGCAAACUGCCCAGCAGCUUUUCUCGAGCAUGGUCCAGACGUUGUACCAUUCACAUUUUCUCAAUAAUCUCUCCAUCUGCUCUGUUCAGGCCAUUGUCAUCUCCACGGAAGUUGCACACAAUCUCGGUCUCAGCCAGCUGAAUGCGACCAUGUUUAAUGCCGCCGUUCGAAUUGCCGAGUGCUUGGGGCUUCACAAGAUUAAAGACCACCCGUCAACAUUAACACAUACCAGAGAUCAAUGGGAAGAACGCGUGGAGCGAGAAGUCGGACGGCGAGUAUGGUGUCAGAUGAUUAUUCAAGACCACUUCGCUAUUCCUUUCACGGACACUUACAGCAUUUCCCCUUUACAGUAUUCUACCGGUCGUCCUUUAAAUGCGGAUGAGCAAAAUCUCAGCGAAUUGCCUACCAAUAUUCCUACCAUCAGCACAUAUGUACGGGUGCUCGUUGAGCUCGCCGCCCUUAUGCCAGAUCUAGUUGAUGGAUUAGGCCCGAUGAACAAGCGCAAGUCUCGUCGCGAACAAUAUGAACAUAUACUACAAGUGGAUCAGAAGAUGAGGGCCGUUGUUAAAGGCAUACCGUCUUUCCUUUUGCGACCAGACAAGGCAAAAGAGUCGAAGAUCCCCUGGCUGAGCAUCGUCCGUCGAAGUCUUGCCAUCACGGCAGCUGAAAAGAUCAUCAUGAUACAUCGUCCAUUUUUGUUCCGCUCAUUUCACGACCCAAACUAUGGCCAUUCAAGGCGUACCUGCAUUGCGGCUGCGAUGACAAUCCUGCGCGAACAUGAGACCAUUGCCAAGGAGGAAGACCUCUCAAUCUGGACACACACUGCCUUUGCUAUCACUGCAGCAGUCAUUCUAUGCUUUGAAGUCAAUGCUACCGUGGAAGACCCCUCUGAUGGCAAAAUUGAGAUGUACAGAGAGGCCGUUCUGUCUGCUCGGGAGCGUCUCGCUUUACGAAAUCACGAUCUGCUCGCCCAGCGUGGUGUCGCUCUUAUCGAUGCAAUUCUGAUUGCGGAAGAGGCCCACUUUGGAACUAAGCAAAGAAAACGCGGUGGCCACAUUGACUUUAAUCGGAUCUUUGCCAACUAUUCGACCUUGAGCCGGGUGAUUCUGAAUCCCGAUGACGAAAUGGCAUUUGGCAAGUUUCCUGGCAAUAGCCCAGACGAAUUCCGGAGCGUGGACACCAAUGAGAUGCAAUUCGCUUGGAAUCAGGAUGAGAUUGAUUUUGAUAUUUGGUUCAACGGCAUCUUCACCGACCUUCAGCCAUCUCCAUUGGGGUGA